ACACGUGCAUGCGGUGCAUUGCCCGGCAAGGAAAUGGCUAAAGUACAGAAAAACUUUGUAAAAAUAAAGAAAAUUAAGCCUAAACAAACUAAAAGUGUUUUGAAGAAGAAAGAGAAGCCAAAAGUGGUUAGCGAAAAGCAAGCAGCAGCAACAGCGGCAUCGAAGAAGAAGGAAAAUGGAACCGACCGUAUAAAUACCCCCCGUUUGCCGAUUGUGUUUAUUUCCCCGAAAACGGAGGACACUGACGAGGAGGAUGAUUCGGAAGUGGAGGAGACAACACCGGAGCAGACAGGGCCUAAGCUGCCCGUUGUCGAGCCGAUCCCGACGGACGUUCCCGAUCCGCAGUUGUCCCAGCGAUUGCAAAACCUGAUCCGACCGCUGAUCGCCUACGUUUAUAACGAGGAUCAGAUGACACUGAAGCUUAGUUUCGAAGAGGCCGGCAUGCUGCUGGAGCCGGACUACAACGAACAGACGAAAGUGUUUCGCUUUCUCGUCAACACGAAGGAGAUUUGCCAAGCAGUCGGCGAGAAAGCGGAAGCCCAUUCGGAGGCGCGCGACAAGCUCGUACAGAUUAUUCGCUACUACUGCUACACCGUGAAGCGCGUCAAAGAUUUUCACACACGGAGGAAGAUUUUCCAUGCACGACCACCGAAUCCACCGAAGAACCAGCGUGGCCCGGAGGCUAUCCAGGAGGAAAACAUCGGCUUCAAGAUGUUGCAAAAGCAGGGCUGGAGCGGUGGAGCACUCGGUGCCAACGAGGAUGGUAUCAUCGAACCGAUCGCGGCCAAGCAGCGCAAGGGCAAAUCGGGACUGGGCACGGAAAACGCCACCAAGGACGCACCGAACGGCGACCGGUCGGAGAAGGUUAAGAUCCCGCUCGAAGCGUUCUACAUGAUGAUGAAACAGUACGCCGGGGUGAACGCACUGUACGAUCUGGUUUUCAGCACACAGUUCACCAAGCACCAGGUGGUCAAGUUGAAAGCCUAUGCCGAAUCGUUGAAACUGGUUCCGCGGAUGGUUGGCCAAAAGAAGAGGCUGGUCGUAAGCAGGCCGCUCACUAUCAAACAGAUCAAGGAGGGUGUCAUGAAGGGACAUUCCGACCUGUGUGCGAAGUACGUCGUUAUACCGCCUGCUGCUGGUAUCCCUGAGGAGGACAAGGUCGUAAUAAUCAAACCUAAAAAGGAGAAAACAUGAAUUUGUACCAAGUAGGCUAGUCUUACGAAAAUACAGAAAUGAAAUUCAAACUUUUCUAUUUACAAUCA